AUGAAGGAGGCACUCGCGCUCGCGGGAGGCGGAAGGCAGCUGUCCGCGCGGGAGGAGGAGAUGCUGGCCCUCCUCGCGGGCUUCCCCGACGGCGGCGGCUCCGACCGCGAGCUCUCCUUCUCCGACCUCGUCGAGGCCGGCGCCAGGCCGCCGAACGCGGACCUCUGCGCCCCGGCGCCGCGGGACGAUCGCCCGACUGCGGCGGCGUCGAAGCAGCAGUGGCUGCAGGCGGCGGGGCUGAGGGCGCGGCGGAGCGGCGGCAGUAGGGGCAGCUGCGGCGGAGGCGGCGACGGCGUGCUGCUCAACUUCUACGUGCCGGGGCUUCUCACCAGGAGCAUGACCACGCCAAGGCCCAGCCGCGGGCUGCCGUCGCCCGGGGCCGUGCAGGGCGCGCCGGCGAAGCCUGUUGCCGCCGCCGCCGCCCCCAGAAAAGCCAGCAGGACGCAGAUGGCGCUGGGCAUCGGUUGCUGGCCGGCGCUGUGGGGACGGGGCCGCCGGCCGGCCAAGGCCUGCAGCUGA